GUGGAGGUGGCAACACCAGCAGCAAAAACAUUUCAUUACAUAUCUAAUUGGAUAUCAGGUCACCUAAAAGUCGCUGUUUAAGCAUAAAGAUAAACAGAAAGAUAAAAAGUUAAAAAUUUAAGAUGGCAUUUUGGCCCGUAUUACUGGACGCGCUGAUAACGCUGAUUCACAUAAUAACCGACCGAAUCUUGGAAUUUGCACUGGGCUGGUAUUUGGGGCCUCACAAGCGUGUCGCAACAUUUGCCACAGUGGAUCAACAGGUCAUAUUGACUAAGAGCGCCGUCGAGUUGGCAACAGCGAUACGCACGGGCAAAUUAAAAAGUUACGACAUCGUCAAAGCUUAUUGCGAACGCAUCAAUAUCGUAAAUCGUGAAUUGAACGCCGUUGUCGAUGGGCCGUUCGAGACCGAGGCGCUAGAGGAGGCACGCGCUAUCGAUGAACGUCUGGCGUCGGGUCAGUAUAGCGAUGAGGAGUUGCUGUCGUUGCCCUUUCUGGGCGUGCCCUUUACCACAAAGGACAGCACAUCGGUGGCUGGUAAGCGGCUUACAUUGGGCCUGGUGGCACGUAAGGAUAUGCGAUCCAAGGAGGAUGCGGAGUGUGUGCGUCUGAUGAAGAAAAGUGGCGCAAUCAUUAUUGCCACGUCCAAUGUACCGGAAGUGAAUAAAUGGAUUGAGUCACGUAAUAUGCUCAUUGGUGGCACGAAUAAUCCCUACGACUUGAGGCGUUCAGUGGGUGGCUCCUCUGGCGGUGAAGGCGCUCUGAUCUCGGCCUGCUGCACAGGCUUUGGACUAGGUACUGAUAUCGGUGGCUCCAUACGCAUUCCUGCCUUCAAUUGCGGCAUCUUUGGCCACAAGCCCACCUCGGGCGCCAUUAACAUGGCCGGCUGCACCUUUCGCACCGGCAAGGAGCUGAAUACAAUGGUCUGUGCCGGUCCCAUGACACGUUUCGCCACCGAUUUGCGACCCAUUAUGAAGGUACUCGUGGAGCCAUCACUGCAGAGCGUGCUCCAGCUGGAUAAAGAGGUCGAUGUGAAGAAAUUGCGUUACUUCUAUGUGCCAAGCCUGGGCAUGCGUCAGUGUAAUCCCAUCAAUCGAGAGACGGAGCGCGUCAUGUAUAAUGUGCGUAAACACCUGGAGCAGCUGACUGGUCAGGAUGUGCAUCUAGCCAAGUUGCCGGAAACGAAGCUGACGGGCAAAAUGUGGCGCUAUUGGAUGACCCAGGAACCAGCCAGCUUUAAUCAACUCCUGGGUAACGGCGUUCAGCUGAAUCCGUUUGUGGAGCUGUUUAAAAAGCUGUUGGGUCAGAGCGAGUUCAGCAUGGCGGCUAUUUACUCGCUGAUCGACAGCCUGCUACCCAAGGAGAACGAGAAGCUUAUACGCUCAGCCACCAAAAAGUGCAAGGCAGCUCUUCAAGAACUGCUGGGAGAAAAUGGCGUGCUGAUCUUCCAUAGUUCUCCACGUACAGCCCCAUUCCAUUACUAUCCAUUGUUCAAAUUUCUUGACUUUAGCUACUUUAGUCUGUUUAAUGUGUUAGGACUGCCGGCGACGCAAGUGCCCAUGGGACUGGAUAGCAAAGGCAUGCCACUGGGCAUUCAGGUGGUAUCCAAUCUUAAUAACGAUCGCCUCUGUUUGGCUGUGGCCGAAGAGCUGGAGCGUGCAUUUGGCGGCUGGGUGCCACCGUUUCCAUUAAAAACCAAAUAAACGGUUGCUGGUCAUCUCUUUUAAUACUCAUCCGGGUGGUGGGGAUCCCUAAGGCUGUUUAUAUGAACAAUAAAUAUAAAUU